AUGAUACCAACAUGUGCAUUUGAGAACAAUCACAGACACCUUCGAACAUUCCUGCUUGACUCUUUCGAUGAUAUCAAAGCUGAUCAGGAUCAGAAUGAAGGUAAGCUGCUCAAGUACAUUGAUUCAGGUGUAUACUCAAGAAGCAGAAGCAUUCGAUGUCUCAGAAGCUCGAAACUUAAAGACAUGGUCAGACAUUUCGUCCGUGCCCCAUGGCACCAGGCAUAUAUGGAUGCAUUGGAUGGAGAACUUUUCAUCACCAAUGUUCGGUCUGAUAGUACCAAAGUGGUAUAUCAGACUGUGGCUAACAGACGCUCACAACGCCAGCUCAAUCAGAUAACACAAUCAUCAACAACACCUGGAGAUAUGACGCAAACCUUCCAGUUGUCCUUAUCUCAUGUUGUUGCUGAUGCUGUCAAGAGGAUACCAGAAACUGCCGUGGAGAUAGGCAGACUCGACUUUUGUCAGACUAUAGAGGCCAUGGCCAGACUCCCAUUAGGAGACCCUUCUACUAUAUUGAAUGCAGACACCACUUACAAUGAGCGUUAUGUCAAGCAUACUUAUCUAUCGCCUCCCAAACGCAGCCAUCGCGAGUUCAAUAUAGUGCAGAAACAACCCCCCAGUUUGAUGAUUCGAUCUGAUAUAGGUACAUUAAAAACAGUAUUGGAAGAGCAACCCGUCAAGGCAGAUAAGGGAUCCAAAUUCGUUGCAAUCACAUGCAGACGAACGUUAGCCGAUAUGCUUACAGUGCGCCUCGUGUUCACUGACUACCGAGACAUCAAGGGCAAGCAAGGCACAGGAUGCGCUGAAAAUACUGAGUCACUACAACAAAUGCUCCAGGAAAAAGGUUUUCGUGGGAUGUGCGUGACCAAGAAUACAUCGGAAGUUGACAAGCACAACAUAGUCAAGAAUAACAACAGCCACAUGGCUAACCUUGACUACUUUAUCCAUGCUCCCAGUAUCUCGAUGGGUAUUGAUUACAAUGUUGGGAAUCGUGUAAACUAUGUUAUAGGAUUCUUCAGCACUCAUAGUAAAGUCAAUAUGGAGACAUGUGGACAGAUGAUGCGGUGUGUCAGGCAUGUCAAGUCCAACACAACCUGGCUCACCUCGAUAGAGCCACAAACAAUCUACUAACUUCAGUCCAAGGUGUCCGUAAUUAGAUCAUCAACUAGUAC